GGGGAGAGGACGAGGGGAGUCCAGUUGGGAGGCGGCCCGGGUCGCCAGAGGGCCAGGGGGUGGGCGACACUGGACCACUCAGCCAUGACUUCUCCCCCUAAUGCGCGGGACAGCGUGUCCUCCGACGAGGACCCACCGUCCUCCAAGGCCGAGGACCGGCCGGUCAAAGUGUCCAGCCUGCCGUUCAGCGUGGAGGCUCUCAUGUCCGACAAGAAACCGGUCAGGGAGGUGUCUCCCCCGCUCCCCGGGGGGGACGGCGCCGGGCUGGGCCCGUCCAGGCCGGGGCCCGGCUCCGGGAGGCUUCCACAGACUCCGGCCGCGGCGUCCGUCAAGUCGGAGAACUCCGAGGAUGGGGCGCCUUGGAUGCAGGAGGCGGCACGCUACUCCCCUCCGCCGAGACACCUGAGUCCCACCACCUGCACCCUGAGGAAGCACAAGACCAACCGGAAGCCCCGGACACCCUUCACCACUUCCCAACUGCUGGCCCUGGAGCGCAAAUUCCGCCAGAAACAGUACCUGUCCAUCGCCGAGCGCGCCGAGUUCUCCAGCUCCCUGUGCCUCACCGAGACGCAGGUCAAAAUCUGGUUCCAGAACCGGAGGGCCAAGGCCAAGCGGCUGCAGGAGGCGGAACUGGAAAAGCUGAAAAUGGCCGCGAAGCCCAUAUUGCCGUCGGGUUUCAGCCUGCCCUUUCCCGUCAGUUCACCCCUUCAAGCGGCCUCCCUGUAUGGUGCUUCCUACCCCUUCCACAGACCCAUGCUUCCCAUUCCACCCGUGGGCCUCUAUGCCACGCCGGUAGGAUACAGCAUGUACCACUUGUCCUAAAGCCAUCCUGAAAUGGAAGGAUGGUCCCGGAAACUUCGGGCAGGAUGGGCUUGGGUUUCUCUUCAUUUUCACCUCCCUCACUUCCCCUACCCCCAAGGGGGUGGGGGAAACGGAACCGAACCUGGGUCUGCGUGGGCUGGGCCAGCCCAGGGACAGCAGAGGGAGGAGGCUGGGCUAGUGACCCACGCCUGAGCCCUGCUUCUCAGUGGCCACUGUUGACAAGCUGGCAACCCCCCUUCACGAGACUGAUCCCCAAAGCUGUUUAUAUAUAAAUAGGCGGAGUACAGGAGACACAUUUUAUACUGCACCGGGGAACCCCACUCCAAACAUUUUGAAGGCAGAUUUCUUUUUCUUUCCUCUUUGUCUCACCUUUCUAAAGGCUGUGCCGAGGCUUGUGUGUUUUAAGUGGGAUGAACCAUUUGCAAGAAUGAGCCUCGUCGCAACUAAUUAGGGAUUUAAACGUGCGAAGGGGCUUUCUUUAUACCAAACAGAUGAGUAUUAGAAAUAGGAAGAAAACAGAGUCGAGGGAGUCCCGAAGGAAAGGUGGAGGACGUCCUGCAUUUGGAUGUGGGGAAGCAGGAAAGGUCACUGACUCUCUAGCUCAGACACCUGCCCCUCCGCAGGACACAGAAGGGUUUGUGUGACAAAAAUACCCCAGGCCCAGCGCCGGCGAGGGGUGCAGGUUGGGGGAGAGAAAAGGAGCCCGGUCAACUUGGCCGAGAGGCUGCUGGGUUUGACGAGUUUCCCGGGGCUAGGCCUGAUGUGGAAGGAAAUGGAGAGGCCAAAGGGCCCAGGAAGAAAAUAGUUUUCGCCAGAGAUCAAGUCUAGCAAGGGUCGACCGAGCAGAGAAACGUUUUCCGUCUUAGUUUCACGGGUGGAAUAGCCUGUAACUGGUGUCUAAAUGCAGAAGCGGACGAUGGAAUAAAUACUAACAAAUCCAGGCAGAGAGAGAACCGUUCUCGCGUGUGUGCGUGCUUGUGUGUGUGAGUGAGUGAAUGGCAGACAUCUAGAAGACAAGGGUUAUUUAACAGCCGGGAACGCUGCUCCUCUCUUCUUUCCCCACCACCCUCCCCUCUGAAAGGGGCAGCGUGUACCAUUUUAUAUAUUUUAUUGAAGAGUUAUUAUUUGUUAUCUCAUAUUUCAAAUUAAAUUAAAUCUUGUUUA